AUGCUAAGAGCAAUGAAACAAGUAGCUGGAAUUAAACAAUUUUCCACGUCAGCUCUUAAAGGUGAUCUUUUCAAAUACCAAAAAGACCUUCCCCGGUUACCGGUGCCCAGUUUGGCAGAAACCACCGCCAAAUAUUUAAGGUCGGUUGAGCCAUAUUUGACUCCUGAGCAGUUAAAGGCAACUACUGCCAAGGUGGAAGAGUUUGUGAAGCCCGGAGGAGCUGGGGAAACUCUUCAAUCGAGAUUGACUCUGUUUGCUAAAGACAAAGAUAAUUGGUUGGCAGAAUGGUGGGAUGAUUAUGCUUAUAUGCUGUACAGGGAUCCUGUGGUUCCCUACGUGUCUUACUUUUUGUCGCACAAGGAUAUCCGCAAUCCAAUUGGCCACGAUCAAUUGUUGAAGGCUACUUUGAUCUCGUAUUACACCCUCAAGUUUAUGGAAGAUGUUCAAAAUGAGACCCUUGAGCCGGAAAUUAUUAAGGGAAACCCAUACUGUAUGAAUGCGUUCCACUACAUGUUCAACAACUCCAGGGUCCCCGCUGCCGGUCUGGACAUCACCAAGAAGUACGAAGGUGCCGACCACCGCUAUUUCGUGGUGAUCCACAAGAACCACUUCUACAAGGUUUAUCACCACACCAAGAGUGGUCAGGCGUUGCUGAAGCCUGAUAUUUUCAAGCAAUUGGCUUUCAUCCAGUACGAUGCAUCUAUCAAACCCAGAGGUCUUGGUAUUGGUGCAUUGACGUCGUUGAACCGUGACGAGUGGUUAAAGAGCUACCAGUCGUUGAUCAAAUCGCCCGUCAACGAAGCUUCGCUCGAGACCAUCUUUGCCUCGUCGUUUGUGUUGUGUCUCGAUGACCACAGCCCCAUCACCAUCGAAGAAAAGCUGCGUAACUGCUGGCACGGAGACGGCCAGAACCGGUGGUUCGAUAAGCCUUUGGAAUUUUUUGUAGCCGCCAACGGAAACUCGGGUUUCUUGGGUGAGCACUCUAGAAUGGAUGCUACUCCUACGGUGCAGAUGAACAACUACAUUAUGGAUUCUAUCUCCAAGGAAGACCCAACGGCGUUGGUGGCUGAGUUAACCGCAAAUAACAAAAGUGUAGCUGAAGUUGACGUCGAAGCUCUCCCCACCGCUUUGGCUUUCGACAUCAGCCCUGUGGUUCGCCAGGAUAUUGCCGAUGCCAUUGUCAAGUUCAACGAAACCGUCAAUUCGCUCGAUGAGGAACUCUUCCAGUACCACGGAUACGGUAAGAACCUCAUCAAGCAGUUCAAGGUGUCUCCCGAUGCUUACGUGCAAAUGAUGAUUCAAUUGGCCUACUACAAGUUGACUGGAAAGAUCAGACCAACCUACGAAUCGGCCGCUACGAGAAAAUACUUGAAGGGUAGAACCGAAACCGGUAGAUCUGUUUCCAAGGAAUCCGCUGCUUUUGUCAAGACGUGGACCAAUCCUGGAUCCACCAUCGAGGAAAAAAUCGACACCUUUAACAAGGCUUGUAAGCAACAUGUUACCUACUUGACUGAAGCCGCCGAUGGACGUGGAGUCGACCGUCACCUUUUUGGUCUCAAGCAAAUGUUGCAACCCGGUGAACCUGUUCCAGCUAUUUUCCAAGACCCUGUUUUCUCCUACAGUGGUACAUGGUAUAUUUCCACUUCUCAAGUGCCUUCCGAGCACCUCCAAUCUUGGGGAUGGUCGCAAGUUAUUGACGAAGGUUUUGGGUUGGCAUACCUUGUUAACAAAGAUUGGAUCCACACCCACAUUUCAUGUAAGAAAGGAAAUGGAUUGCGUUCCGAUGCGUUGAAAUGGUACCUUACCGACUCUGCGAACGAGAUGAAGGAGGUGUUGAGCACCCAACUCGCGCCCAAGGCCAAGUUGUAA